CCAUACACUAAGAUUUAUAUUCUUCCUCAAAAAUGGCAGUUUCAAAAGAAACAAGCAGCAGUCCAGGCAAAGUUGCACUGAUUUGCGGCGUCACGGGGCUAGUCGGGAAGGAGCUUGCGCGGACGCUAUCAGCGAAACCGCGCUGGAAAGUCUACGGCGUUGCUCGAAAACCAGAUGAUUUGAUCAUUCAGAGUCCAAACUACAACUUCAUUUCUUGUGAUCUCUUAGACCCUUUGAAAACAUUUGAGAAACUUUCUUGUCUACAAGAUGUGACUCAUAUUUUCUGGGUUACUUGGGUCAGUCAGUUUCCAUUAGAUUCACAAGAAUGCUGCGAUCAAAACAAAACAAUGAUGUCUAAUCUCCUGAACGCCAUUCUCCCGGUGGCUAAAUCGUUGAAGCAUGUGUCUCUCCAAACCGGAACGAAACAUUAUGUGUCUCUAUACGAUCCUAUCUUGUACGGAAACGAGAUUCGGUACUACGACGAAGAAAGUCCUCGGGUUGAAGAAGGGUGUAAUUUUUACUACGCAUUGGAGGAUUUGCUGAAAGAAAGAUUGUCAGGUAAAGUCGCGUGGUCGGUUCACCGGCCGGGAAUGAUUCUUGGCAGUUCUCAAAAGACUAUUUACAAUGUCAUGGGAUGUUUAAGCGUCUACGGGGCGAUUUGCAAGCAUCUUGGCCUCCCAUUUGUGUUUGGAGGUGUAAAACAGUGCUGGGAACAAGUUUAUGUUGAUAUUGCAGAUGCAAGGUUAGUCGCGGAGCAGCACAUAUGGGCGUCGACGAAUGAUGCGCUAUCGACGUCGGACGGGGAGGCGUUUAAUGCGAUAAACGGCCCGAGGUUCACAUGGAAAGAGAUUUGGCCGAGUUUAGGAGCUAAGUUUGGCGUUGAAGUGCCUCCGCCUGAAGAGAUUUUCUCACCAAGUUUCACGUUUUCGGCUUUCAUGGCCGAUAAAGGAAAUGUAUGGGAUGACAUUGUGGAGAAAGAAGGUUUGUGUAGAACCAAGGUUGGAGAUUUGGCUAACUGGGAGUUCAUGGAUAUUCUGUUCCGGUGCCCGGCAAAAAUGUUGGCUAGCCGUAAAAAGGUCGACCGGUUGGGGUUCACGAUGACUUAUGAGACGUUGGAUUCCAUCUUGUAUUGGAUUGAUUGUAUGAGAAACGAAAGGCUUAUUCCAUAAGAGAAAGUGGUGGAGUAUCAUAAACUUGGUGCUGGUUUUUUCUGAUUAUUGUACAGAUUUUUAUUAAUUAAGAAAAUCAUAUUGAUGAUUAUUUAUUUAUUAUCAUUGAUGUUUGAAGUA